AGAAAAUGCAGAAACGCGGAAAUCAACUCUCGCUCUGCUGCCUCCUCCGCGUAGUCUAAUAGCGAAGGGACUAGCUAGAACUACUGCUGCCGUGCCACUUCACGAGGAGAUGGGUGUCGGCACCGAAGACUCUCUGGCGCUCUCGGUGAAGGCGAACGGCAAUCGUGGACGGCGCUUGGACUCGCUGCUCACCGUUUAAGCGCGGAGGCAGACGCACGAGACGCAUCCUGGACGUUUGAAGACAACAAACACCGCGAGACGGUCCCCCGUAGGUGCGUCGGUGGGCAGCUGGGCAGCUCCCGCUGACUGACUGACCGUGAUCGUGAUGUGGCUGGUACCGGAGGAACUGCCGGUGAAAACGGCGCUGAAGCUCUGGGUGACCGAGACUCAGAACGACUUCUUCCAGCUGCAGCGCAGGCGGGGGCACGGGGACACCGCCGGGAAACUCACAGGUAUGCUGGUCGGAGCGUUGGACACCGUGUUGGAUUCUAACGCUCGUGUGACGCCGUUCCGGAUCCUUCUGCAGGUGUCUGGAUCUCCAACCAGCUGGGUCAUCGCAAGCGGCGCGUCACUAGAGGAGGUGAAGGCCCAUUGGUGCUGGUUGGAGGUGAAUCUUCUCGACUCUCUCCACGUCUUCGAGAACGCUGAGGAUAUAGCCAGCUUUGUCAACGGCAAGAUCAAGGGCCUGAUCGCGGAUGAGUCGGGUGGUUGUGAGGACCGUGAGGCGGGGCGUGAGGUGUGUGUGCGUGUGGAGCAGCGUUUCGGCCUCCCGGCGUGCGAGCGAGUCGUCACCCAGCUGACCUGCAGCCUCUGGAAGACACACGUGCCGCGACAAGGCUGGAUGUACCUGACGCAGUACCACCUGGCCUUCUACUCAUACCUACUGGGGAAGGAAGUGAAGGUGCUGAUCCCCUGGGCGAGUGUGUGUGGCGUGGAGCGCGUGUGUGUGGGUCGCGUUGCGGAGGUGCUGCGCGUGGCCACCAGGGAGCGCCAUCGAGACUUCUCCAUGUUCCUGGACAUCAGCGACGCCAUGGCAACCAUCACCCAGCUGGCCGACCUCACACUCCGCACCGUGCUGCCUCACGCCGGACUACGGAUACCACACACACUCACACACACACCACUCACCAAGAGGGCUCUGGAGGAGCACCGCCUGGCGUCGGAGGUGCAGUGUGUGUUCGGUCUGCCGCGGCGGGAGAGUGUGUGUGAGGAGCGCGUGUGUUCCCUCUGGACGCCUCACCUGCGCUCACACACACACGGAACCCUCUACGCCACCCAGCAGUACCUGUGUUUCACCAGCAGGGAGCCCGGAGUCUGUUCACUACUCAUACCACUGGCAGAGGUGUUGUCGGUGGAGAAGGCUGAGACGUCGAGUGUGUUGCCGGAGCCGGUGAUCGUGAGCGUGCGAGGGCGGCGGGCGUUCCAGAUGGUGGGCGUGUGUGAGCGCGAUACACUCCUGGACGCCCUCACGGACCGCAUACGCUCCCUACGAUGGACACACGCCAUCUACAAAGGACAACACACACCACACACACCCACGAUUUCCACCACCCCCUACUACACCUUCUGCUACGAUACGGACGGCGAAUCAGAGGAGUCGCAGCGUCACGUCAUCAGCUCCCGCCCCCUCAUCGCUCUCAACCAAUCACAGAUGCCCAAACACAAGAGCGCUCUGGAGCGCCGUAGAGAGGCAUUGUGGGAGGAGCGGUUUGAGGAGUUUGGUCGCGGCGUCCACAUGUUCCGAACUUCCUGUUUACACAAGCUGGUCGCCAUGGGAAUACCAGAGUCGCUACGCGCAGAACUGUGGCUCACACUGUCAGAUGCUGGUUCUGAGAUGGGUUCCCACCCCGGCUACUACGCGGAGCUGGUGAAGCGGUCGCUGUCGGAGGUUACCGUAGCAACAGAGGAGAUCGAGAGAGACCUGCACCGCUCGCUUCCGGAACACCCGGCAUUCCAGAACCCGUCGGGAAUAGACGCACUGCGCAGAGUACUACGCGCCUACGCACACCACAACACACACAUCGGAUACUGCCAGUCUAUGAACAUCCUGGCCUCAGUGUUGCUGCUCUAUGCUAAAGAGGAGGAGGUCUUCUGGCUGCUGGUGACCGUGUGUGAGCGCAUGCUGCCCGACUACUUCAACAAGCAAGUCAUAGGUGCGCAGGUUGACCAGAGUGUGUUUGAGGAGCUGCUGCGGGUUCGAGAGCCGGAGUUGUCGCUGGCCGUGGGGGACGUGUGUGUUCUGGCCUCCGUCUCGUUGUCAUGGUUCCUGACUCUCUUCCUGUCCGCACUCCCAUUGGCCAGCGGGCUGGUGGUGGUCGACGCCUUCUUCCUGGCCGGAGCACCAAUCAUCUUCCAGCUGGCCCUCCAGGUCAUACACACGCACGCACACACACUCGCGGCCAGCUCCGACGAGGGACACGCACUCAUGAUACUGUCCAGUUUCCUGGAGCAGGUGCGUCAUGACGAGCAGGAGUGUGUGUGUUUAGACGACCCGGCGGCUCCCGCUGAACACACACACAUCACCACGCUACUCAGGGAUGCCUACGAGCGGUAUGGUGACAUCACGGCGUCCCAGUUGGAGCAGCUGAGGAGUCGACAUCGAAUUCACGUCCUGCAGUCACACCAGGAUACGACUAAAGAGAACGCACUGCGCCUGGUGACUCCUGAGGUUUCUUUAUCAGCUGAGGACCUCUCCGACCUCUACGACUUCAUCAAGACGGAGCACCUGAUGAGUGUGUACUGGGGCGAGGGGGUGUGUGUGUCGGGCGUGUGUAGCGAGGGGUUAUUACUGAUGUUGUCAUGUACGGAGCACCUGAUGAGUGUGUACUGGGGCGAGGGGGUGUGUGUGUCGGGCGUGUGUAGCGAGGGCUAUCAACUGGACCUGGCUCAGUUCCGCAGCGUCUACAGCGCGCUGUCACCGUGGCAACACGGGCCUCACCUGGAUACGGUCGCCAGGCGCACCUUCACCCUGCUGGACCAAUCACACGCCAGCCUGCUCUCCUUCACACAGAUCGCACACUGGCUAGAUACUCUGUAUUGUGAGGAGUUGAAUGGCAAGAUUAAAUGGCUCUAUCGCCUCCAUAUUCCCCCAGCCCUGAUGGAAAAUGAAGAUGACUCCUCCCCCUUAAAGUCCCCUCUGCUGUCUACAGCCAGACCUCUUACUGUGGACAACGGAGAGAGUGGCUAUGAGGAGCAGUUGAAACAGAUGCUGAAGGAUCUGGCCAAAGAGAAGGAGAAGGACGCAGACAAACCCCUACCGCACAUGACACAGAGGGAGUUUAUCCAGCUGUGCAAGACUCUGUCCAGCAUGUUCCACGGCGACCCCGAGGAGAGCGAGCUGUUCCAGGCCAUCGCCAUGGUGACCAGCCUGCUGCUGCAGAUCGGGGAGGCGGGGCAGCGCGGGCCGGGUGGGGCGGGCUCUAUCCCCGGCGCUGAUGAGGUGGCGGCGUGUGAUUGGAGGGUGAGCUUGGCUCAGAUCGAGGCCUCUGUGCUGACGGAGUCGGAGCUCGUCAUGUUCUUCGAGCGGCCGGUGGACCUCCGCACGCGCAUCGCCGCGGCAACACAGAAGCAGUACCAGCAGCGCGUCGCCACGCUAGAACACGCUAGCGGAACCUCAUAGCACACGCUAGCGGAACCUCAUAGCACACGCUAGCGGAAUUACAUAGAACUACAUAGAACACGCUAGCGGAAUCCCUUAGCACAUGCUAGCGGAACUGCAUAGAACACGCUAGCGGAACCUCUUAGAACGUGCUACUGGAACCACAUAGCCGAUACUAGCGGGCCCACAUAGCACAGGGGGGAACCACAUAAUUCAAAACAGACUCGCGCAACCAAAUAGAACCCGUCCAUGGACCCACUGACUCCAGAACCAGCCUGAACGCGGCCGAGCCUGUUGGACCAGAACCACAGCAGGAGAGGCCCACACCUGACUGACACCAGAAGCAACCGGACCCAACCAGAACAGACCAGACCAGUACAGUACAGUACAGUACAGUACCGCAGUGCCAACCGGACCAGAACUGAA